AUGGCAUUCGAUCUACCAAAUCAAUUUGAAGAUCUACAUAAAGAACUUACUACUGGUUCUUAUUAUGUACAAAAUAUUCUUGAUCUUGCUGAUAUUAAUACACGUUUACAAAAUGUUUCACAAGUUCAAGAACCAAGAGAAUUACUUGAUAUAUUUCCAUUAUUCUACAGUAUUGCCAUUCAUUUUGAUAAAGUAUCGAUUACUUGA